CUGCCAAAUUAUCUUCCAGAGUGACCGUUUUCCACCAGCAGUGAAGGAGAGUUCCUGUUGCUCCACAGCAUUUGGUGGUGUCGUGUUCCAGAUUUGGGCCCUUCUUAAAGUGAAAGCAUGCGAGGCCUAACAGCCCAAGUGACGGCUCUGCUGCGCUUGCCGGAAGUGACGGUUCAGGCCUGUGCAGAAGACGGCGUGACCUCAGCAUGGGGGCUUCGUGGCAGGCUCGCUGCGGGGAGAAAUGCACUUGCUUGCCUGGCUUGUGGCCGACAACUCGAGGUAGUGAACUUCCUGACAGGGGCGCGGCUGUCUGCCUAUCGAUUCAGUGGAGCGAAUCAGCAGCCUCCCAUAGUCCUGGCGAUGAAGGAGUUCUCCUGGCAGAAGAGAGCUGGAUUGUUAAUCGGACUGGAGGAAGCAGAAGGGAGUGUUCUCUGUCUGUACGACCUUGCCGUGUCCAGAGUGGUGAAGGCUGUUGUUCUUCCUGGAAGGGUGACCGCUGUCGAGCCUGUCGUGAACCAUGGUGGCGCCAGCGCAAGCACCCAGCAUCUGCACCCCAGCCUGCGGUGGCUUUUCGGCGUGGUGGCUGUGGUGACUGACAUCGGGCACGUCCUCCUCGUUGACCUGUGCCUGGAUGCCUGGUCAUGCGGCCAGAACGAAAUGGAGGCGUCAGACCUCGAAGUUGUCACUGGCAUUCCAGCUGAGGUGGCGCACAUCAGAGAGACGGUGAUGCGGGCAGGACGCCACCUGUGCUUCCAGCUCGCCAGCCCAUCAGGGACAGCCGUGUCGGCGCUCUGUUACAUCAGCAGGACCAACCAGCUGGCCGUGGGAUUCUCCGAUGGCUGUCUGGCUCUGUGGAAUUUGAAAAGCAUGAAAAGAGAGUACCACACACAGCUGGAAGGGGGAAGGGUUCCCGUGUACGCGCUCACCUUUCAGGAACCGGAGAACGACCCUCGCAAUUGCUGUUACCUGUGGGCCGUUCAGUCCACACAGGACAGUGAAGGAGAUGUUUUGAGUUUACAUUUACUUCAGCUGGCCUUUGGUGACAGAAAGUGUUUGGCAUCAGGACGAAUCUUAUAUGAGGGCUUAGAGUACUGUGAAGAAAGAUACACACUGGACCUCACCGGUGGCAUGUUUCCUCUGAGGGGACAGACUAGCAACACCAAACUGUUGGGAUGCCAGAGCAUAGAGAAAUUUCGAUAUCAUGGUGACAGGGAGGAAGCGCUGUCUCCUGACACCAGUGUUUCAGUGUUUACCUGGCAGGUGAAUGUAUAUGGACAAGGAAAGCCUUCUGUGUAUUUGGGUCUUUUUGACAUAAAUCGUUGGUAUCAUGCACAAAUGCCAGAUUCAUUAAGACCAGGAGAGUAUCUGCAUAAUUGCCCUUACUUUGCAUUGUGGUCACUGGACUCUGUCGUGAGUAAGACGUCCCCACAGCACAUCUUGGAUGUGCUGGUGCACGAGAGAAGCUUGAGCCGAGGACUGCCUCCUUCGUUUCCACCUCCCGAGCAGUUGUUUAGCCCAAGCUCUUACAAUUUUGAUGCCACUUGUUUAUUAAACUCAGGAAUUGUGCAUAUAACUUGUAAUGGCUUUCACAAGGAGACUUUGACUUUUUUAAAGAAAUCCGGACCAUCUCUCAGUGAAUUCAUCCCCGAUGGCUAUAAUCGAUGUCUUAUGGCUGGCCUUCUGUCACCGAGACUCGUUGAUAUUCAUCCUUCCAACUUAACUCAGGAAGAACAGUUAGAAGCUAUAUUGUCAGCAGCAAUCCAUACGAGUUCCCUGGGACUUCUGACUGGAUGUAUCAAAAAGUGGAUAGCAGAAGAACAACCAAAUUCGGCUGCUAAUCUGCGCUUUGUUCUGGAAUGGACCUGGAAUAAAGUGAUUUUCACAAAAGAGGAAUUUGACAGACUAUGUGCACCGCUGUUCGAUGGCUCAUGUCGCUUCAUCGAUCCGCAGACCAUCCAGUCUCUCAGGCAGUGCUGUUUGCUUCUUAGCAACCUUAAUUCCGUCUUAAACUGUUUCACGAGGGAGGCCCAAGACAUCACUGAGAGAGGUGUGCACUUCGUCUGCGGCCUGAUGGACCUCCACAGGAAGUGCCUGGUGACCCGCCUCAUCUGCCGCUACACACAGGUGGUGCUGUGGUUCUGUCGCUCUGGGCUGCUGCCAGAGGGCUCAGAUGAUGCCAUGCCCCUGCCCCGCUUGUGCUACAACUACCCCGUCAUCCAGAACUACUACACGAGCCGUCGACAGAAGUGUGAGCGUCUGUCCAGAGGGAAGUGGAAUCCUGAUCACCUGAUGAUUGAUGGAAUGGUUUCUCAGCUGGGAGGUGGCGUGGAGAAGCUGUGGAAACGGGAUGAAGGAGGCACCGGAAAAUACCCCCCCACCAGUCUACACGCACUCCUGGACAUUUACCUGCUGGACGACGUGACGGAAGCAAGCAAACAUGCUGUCACCAUUUAUUUGUUACUUGAUAUCAUGUAUGCCUUCCCAAACAAAACAGAUACUUGCAUCGAAUCAUUUCCAACUGCCUUUGCCAUUUCUUGGGGCCAGGUUAAACUUAUCCAAGGGUUUUGGCUGAUAGAUCAUAAUGACUAUGAGAGUGGCUUGGAUCUUCUCCUUCACCCGAGCACUGCAAAACCUGUGUCGUGGCAGCAUUCGAGAAUCAUUCAAGCCUUCAUGAGUCAGGGUGAGCUCAGACAUGCCCUCCGGUACAUCCAGACCUUGAAGCCCACGGUGUCCAGUGUCGAGGAUGUCCUCCUCCACCUCACCGUUCUGCUUUCUAACAGGUAUGUGGUAGAGGCGUGGACUUUCCUGCGACAGCACUCCACCGGCCGGAACGUGGAGGAGCUCCUGCAGCAUACGUACGAGGUCUGCCAGGAGACGGGCCUCAUGGAAGAUUUGCUGCAGCUGCCCUUUACGGACACCGAGCAGGAGUGCUUGGUGAGGUUUUUGCAGUCCAGCCCCAAUGUUCGAAAUCAGGAAUUCCUUCUAGUUCACUAUCUGCAGCGUGCCAAUUACGCCUCUGCCCUGAAGCUGAACCAAACUCUGAAGGCUAAUCUCAUGAAUGAUCGUGAUCCUCUUCUGCGGGAGAGAUCAGAGGUUCGGAAUGCGAUAGUAGAACAGUAUGGGAAAAUCCUUCCUAAAAUCCAGCGGAAAUUAGCCUUUGAGCAAGCUAAGCCUUAUCAACUGUCCACAUCACCAGUUCUUCAAGAAGUUUCUAGACCCAAACCAUUAUCCACUGUUACAAAGCAGACCGGAACAGGGACUGUAUUAACAAGAUCUACUUUCAUCAGUAGCGUGUUGUCUAAAAUUGGAGAGGUUUGGGCAAACAGUGACCCUAAGGACGGCACGCCAGCCUGCAGCAGUCCUCUAACAGAACGACCAUCUCCUUCUCUCUCACAUGUAAAUAUGCCUGAGGCAUUUGUUGGAACACCAAUUCUAGAAGCAUCACAAAAAGUUUCUAGGCCACUGGAUUCGAUUGUCCAUCCCGUGGCCCGGCCUUCUCAGCGUUUGGGAUUCGUUCAGCAAACGCCCCCAAGGUCUCCUUUGUACCGAGCGUCCAGUGCAUUACCAACAAGGUCCGGAGAGAAAGGAUCGGGUCCGAGUUCUCCCAGGGCUUCAGAAUUCCGUAUCCUUGAAACUCCCUUUGUAGUGAAGAAAGCUAAAACUCUGGCCAUGUCCGCCACUUCCUCUGGGUUUGCCGAUUUCACUCCUCCAUCCAUCUUAAGGUCUGGUCUUCGAACAUCACCUCUACCGUCUCCAUCUCUGUCACCUGGAAAGUCCCUUACCCCUCCUCUGCGACUUAAGGAAACUAGAAUUUCAUUCAUGGAAGAAGGCGUGGCCACAAAACGGACUGCUGAAGGUACAGAUGAGAGCAGAACAAAACUGUCCUUUGCUCCCCUUUUCCAUAAAUGCGGAGCCCCAGUGGAAAGCAGAUGGCUAAGGCGCAGGAUGGCAGCCUUUUCUCCGGACGGUCCUGAAAAGGACCAUCAAGAAAUGGACCUGAGAUCAGAGGACGCAGCCUCACAGAGUUUGGAGAAACUGGACGUGAGCAAAGAAAGUAGCGGUACUUCAACCAGGUCGGACCAGACCACCUUGGAGUACCAGGACGCGCCGUCCCCAGGAGACUUUGAAGAACUUUUUGUGGCCUCAGAGCCAACGAGCUCUUCCACGGAACUAAUGACUAAUUUAACUGAACUGACUGAGAACCAUAGUGAUAAAGACGAUCUUGAAUCAGAAGUAAUUCCUCCAGACCUGGAGAAACAGAUGGGCCCUUUGGAAGAGGCGGCUGCAGAGGCAGAACUGGCAGAGCUCAGCCCCUCGAGCGCCAUCCACGGAGUGGAAGCUUCGCUCUGUGCACCAGCGGCCCACGAAGGGAAAGUCCUCUCCCCGAAAUUGCGGGCACCAGUUCUGGACGAAGAAGGAGUGUCUGUGGAGGCCGGCCCCUCUUCACGCAGAGCAGCUGCGGCUGAUGUCUGUGGUGACGCUGGGGACCUGGAGCUUGUCUCCGAAAGUCCCGUUACCUCUGAUCCUAAGUGUGACCGAGAAAUCGCACUGACCUUAAAAGAUCAUGAAGUAGCAGCUGAUGUACUGAAAGCAGGUGUUGACUUAGCAGAAGAAAAGCCUCCUGUUUCUGACAGUCCUCCAGAUGCUCAAGAAAUUCAUGUGAUUGAACAUGAAAAACUUGGAGUUCAAGAUUCAGGACGCAAGGCUAGCAAUCUUUCAUUUAAUGAGUUGUAUCCCUCAGGGACCCUUAAGCUCCAGUAUAAUUUUGAUACCAUUGAGCAGCAGUUCGGUGACUUACCAGAUAAUAAAGACUCCGUGGAGUGUGACAUUGCGGAAGUAGAUGGGGAACUUUUUGGGGCCCAGAGCAACUUUACCUUGAUACUGGAAGGUGAAGAAGGAGAGUUUGAGGCAGGUGAUUCUGUGGCAUCUAAUGUGUUCGCCAAAGCAGCAAACAUAGCAGUGGAGGAGGAACAUGGCUGCGGCGGAGAGAAUGGUGGUCACAGACAUGCCGCAGAUUCCCCAUCUGUCACCGCAAGUGACCGGGAAUCCCAGCAGGUGGAGGCGUUACCAUAUGUGCCUGAACCCAUUCAAGUAGCAAUCGCAGAAAACUUGUUAGAUGUGAUUAAAGACACAAGAAGUAAAGAAAUUACUUCCGGUACAAUGGACCCACCAUCCACUCACGAAAACAUACCUUUAAUAAAACAGAAGGUAAUAUGCCCCGACAAGGUAGUCCUGUCUCUGUCGAAGACUGAUCAGGAAACGAGUACAGUGACCAUAAACUCGAGCCAGGUGCGUGACAUGAUUUCCUCCAGAACGCGUAGGAGAGGACAGCAUGUCCCAAACCCGAUCGUCAGACCAGCUCAACAGGAGGAGUCCGAGGCUGUUGCCACCCCCAACACCCGGGGGCUUUCGGUCAGGAGGCGAGCGAGGAGGACAGAAGACCUGUCGGGGGCUUCUGAAAGUGCCUGCUCCGACAUCAGAGGAGCAUCUCAGAACCAGCAGAGGCCUGCAGAUUCAGGUACUCUGCGGAAAGGACGGAAGAGGAAAGAAGAUGCUCAAAGCACCUUAGAAAGUGAUGGUCCUGUGGCCCCGGAGCGACUGGCCCCCGCAGAUGGCAGACUUGGGAUGGUAGCAUCGUCUUUGCUGCAGGUGUCAGCAGCUAAAGAAUCCCAGCUUUCAUCCGUCACCAGAAAGACCCCCAGAAGAAAUAAAAAAGCGGUGGAAAAUGACGACAGUGAGGAAAUGGAUGUAAAAGUUAGUAAAGCAGCACGUUCUGGCGGAAGCACCAGAAAACUGAGAAGUGCUAAAAUCGGGGCUUCUGAAAAUACAGAGCAUAAGCAAGGUGGAGAAAGCAAGCUUCCGCCUGUCACCAUAAAGACGCCUAGAAGACUUAAAGAAGGGGUGGAAAAUGCCGCCAGUGUGGAAACGGCUGUCCACGAAGAUGGGAGUGCGAGGAAAGCAACACGUUCUGUCAGAAGCUCCAGAAAACAGAAAGGUGCCGACGCAGGGGCUUCUGGGAGUGCAGGAUUCACGCCAGAUCCCAUGUGCGUUGAUGAGGUGGUGCCUGUCCAGCACAACAGAAAGGCUAAGAAGAGAGAAGUCAGCACACUGGGUGUUCUGGAAGACUCUCAACUGAACGCAUCCCAGCUGGCUCUUGAGACCGAAUCGGAGCAGCCUAGGAAACGAGGUCGACCGAGAAAAAAUCCACCUGGAGAUGUGGGCUCCAAGGCCGCCAAGGAGGUGAGGAGUCCCAAUAAGGCGCAGACCCCCAGCCGCCAGAGGAGGGCCGCCAAGAGCACUCUGGCCAGCAGCUGUGAGGCCAACUCGGGGAAGCCAGCUGGGCCAGGGUCUGUUCUGGCGCCAGCGGAGCAGCUCGCCACCAAGAGGGGCGUGGAGAGAAAGUUCACCAACAGGACCGAAAAUCAAAGCCACACACGUGCGUCACGCUCAGUACCAGAAAAACGCACGGCUGAAGACCUGAAAGAACCAGGUGACCCGGAAGCCAGAGGGCCUGCUGCGGCCACCGUGACCGGCUCCGCGCGUGGCAAGAGGACUAGGGCCAGCAAGGCCGUCUCCCUGCCAGGCCUCCCGGGGCCGGAGGUGGAGUUUGUCUUCUCUCCGCCUGUGUCAAAGGCUCCACGGAAAGAGAAAGCUAAAAAGAUAGAGGCCCCGGCACAGCUCCAAGAGUUAGUUUCAGAUUUAUCUCCCCAGUUUGUCUUCUCACCGCCUACUUUACGGACCAGGCAGAAAAACGCAUCCAAUACAUCCAGACUUGGAGACGAACUGAAAGCUAAUACCCAAUCAACAGAAACCGUGGGAAAGCAAAAGGUGAAAACACCCAGGACUGCAAAGACCAGACAAGCAAGCAGAAACAAAGAGGAAGACCCCUGGUCCCCUCCUCCAGUGAAGAUCAGGCUGAUUUCUCCUCUGGGAAGCCCGACUGACGACGGAAAGAACAAGCCUCGAAAAGGUCCCACCCUCCCAGCGAGAGGCCUGGGAAGGAGCAGGAAGAAACGGUCUUCGUUUCCAAAGCAAGUUUUACGCAGAAAACUGCUGUAAUUGUUGUUUCUGAAGUUUUUAAUGUACCCCAAUUUGUAGAGUCAUCAGAAUUGUGUGGAUUACUGAAAUCAUCUAAUUUGGAGGGAAAUGAUUUGUAUAAAUGACUGUAAAUUUUUGUAGACAGAAGCUCUUCAGUAAGCAAAGUAACUCCAUAAGGAGUGUGAUUCUUUUAGUCCAGUUUUUUCUAUUUUAUAUGAAGACCAUACAUUUAUACAGUAUGUAAAUACGGCCUAUUAUUGGAAUGUUAAAUAAAGCGUAUACUUGACGGUAGUUUGUGUCUGUUAGAUUUUUGAGAGGUGACUUCUGUUUUAAUACUGAUUUUCUAAUGCUGGGAGGCACUGGUCCCAUGUCUUUCUCUACAUUUAAUGGUGUCAGGCCAGUCUUCAAAAGGAUAAUUGAAGAACUAUUGAUGCUUUUUCAAAGUUGCUGUUUUAUAAUUUAUGCACUUUGCUUCUAUGAUUGAGAUUUCUAAUCAAAAAAUGUAUUUUUUUUUGCUUGUUACUACUAUGUUGAAAUCGAAUUAUGGGCAUGUCGUUCUGCCACGUUUUUUGUAGUCUAACAAAUUCUUUAUACUCUACCUCAAAUGAGUGAUUUUCCAAGUAAUGCAUCGGUUCAAUACAACGUUGGCAUUCCUUGUUCAGCAAGCUUCAAGGCUAUUUGUCUUCACAGUCUCUUAAUUAUUCAGAGACUAAUUAUCCAGGUUAGGUUGACCGGUUCACUGCUCACUAGCAACUUCUGGAAAGGUUUGAGAAAGGGGAACGUGAGACAAGACGUUUCAUGGGCGUGCCCUGCGUGGACUCACUGGCAAUAGCAUGGUGGGUCGGCACAAAUUUUUCUAUAAUAUCCUCGCUGUGAAGGAGCUUGCUAUGAAAUUUCAGAAAUCCCUUACCAUUCAGGUUUUAAAACGACACAUUUUCCUCGGACCUCAGGCACAGACGAUUGAGGGCAGGCAAAGAGCGGGAGUAGAAGGGGGGGAGGGGGAAAGGACCAGGACACUGUCCUCUGCAGGAUGACUGUGCAAUGAAGUGGGGACACUUGAUGUGGGCCAUGACACUCAUCAAUAAGUAAGUGCUGUAAAAUAAUUCAUAACCGGUCACUGAUCGUGUGUAAUGAAUGGACCAUGAAUAAUUGAUUGUCUAGAAACAAACCGCUUUCGUCGGCUCAGCUUUUAAUGUUUCAGCGUGAAGCCUAAGCGGUGCACUUUCUACCUUAUUUUUCUACCAAAUAACUGACAUGAGUGACGGGAACCUGGUGAAUAUACCCGUGCCAAGUGUGGACAGUGUGACCGUCGCGGUGCGUGUGCGACCUUUCAGUCAGGUCAGUGACUUGUUGACAUUUUGACUAUGACUUGUUUUAUUAACUUUUUAAUGACCGUGAUCAAAUGUGUAAGCUGCUUGUCUUUUAUGGAAGAUUUAAAUGAAUUUGUUCAAAUGAGUAAUUUAGAGAUCGGAACAGAACUCAGUAAACACGUAAUUUCGUUCCUUUGCACAAGUAGCUCAAUAAAAACUUGAGAGAAACGUA